AUGGGCACGGAAGUUGUCUUACGUGAGCCUUGUUUUCAAGCAGCUCCUUCUAAUUUCGAUAGGCCUUUUAAAAUUCUUGUGCAGAAUCAAGUGUUCCUUAUUGAUUCUGAGUAUAUGAAGAAGAUGUCACCUGUAUUUUCUGUCAUGUGUUACGGUAAAGACUUUGAAAAUGGACGAGAAUUAUCUCGGGAAAUCGUGGAUGAGAAAUGCUCUGAUAUUGAUGUUUUUCUUCGAGCUGUUAAUGAUCCGAGUGUCAUAAAUGCUACAAACUUUUCUGUCAUUCUCCGAUUAUCGAAUAAGUACAUGGUUCAACCAGUUAUUGAUUCUUGUCAAACUUAUAUCAAACGGCAGAAUUUAGAUGUUUUACAACCGGAUGAAGUAAUGACAUUACUUAUAUCAGCUUACGAAUUUCACUGUAGUCGGGAAGUGAUGGUUAAGCUCAUACGUCGAAUGGCAGCAGAAAACAAUACUGUCUUCACAAGAUUAAAAAUCAGCAGAUUCUUACCUGCACAGAUUUACGGCGCCGUUAUGUCUACUUCUAUGAAUCUGUCACAGCUACGGGAGUACGAAGCAAUGAAUGGUCACAAUUUGAAAAUGGAAAGACUGCGUAUUCGUUGGAAACCAGCUGUUUGUCAAAAAUGCUCAGUGGUUUGUGAUCAAGCAUCUACAUGCGACGAAUGCAAAGUGACUUUUUGUAAACAACAUGUACAAGAAAUAGCAUGUCCCAGUGAUUAUGGAAUCAAAAUGUUAGCUCAGUUGAAAGACAACGUUGUCGAUUUAGAAUGGAAAGAUUGA